AUGCAGGGGGCGGCACCCUCUGCUCCGCCCGCGGUGCAUGCCGCUUCCUCGGCGGCUGACAGUCUCCCCAGGCCCCGCUCCGUCGCCGCCGCCGCAGCUCCAAGGUCGGCAUCUUCCUCCUUCUCGCCUGAAGCCUGCCGGAGGCUGUUGGAGGAGGCGAAAGAGAUCGCCUGGCGGCGCCGCGUGCGCCUGCGCGUGGUGCAGAGCUCCGCCGAGAGCGACGAGCGUCCGGGUGAGCGAUCGAGGGGUGAGGGGCGUGAGAAGAACAUCGUGCGCCUGCAGAAGAUUGUGAACAGGAUCAAGAAGAUCACCGAGGCGGAGAAAAGCGCGAUUCUGAACGAACUGGGCAAACUCAACGUCUCUCUCUUCCUAUCCGAGAUCACGGACAGCAUCUGCGAACUCGAUUUCAAACUCGCCGACGUCCGCGCCGUCGUCGAAAUCUGCGCCGCCCUCCACGAAACUUAUCCCGAGUUCUCGUCGCUCCUUCAACAAUCGCUGCAGAAACAAAUUCGAGCCACUGUUGACUCCGCCGUCUCGCUCGUCACGCAGGCCUCUUCGACGGCGCCUCUGGCCUCCUUGCCGCCGCCGAUUGCUUCGUCGUUGCCGCAGAAUCUCGCGGUUCUUCUGCCUCAAGACCUCUCGCUCAAGCUAUCUGCGCUCACCACGCGGCUGCGCGUUCUCGCUCGACUUGUGUCCGAGUUGUUUCUCACUGCGCUCUCGAAAGAUGCGUCGCUGCUGCUGCCUCUGCUCCAGUUCCUCGCGAGCGCGUACCCGGUCUCUUCUUGUGCGUCUCUGCUUCGCGGCGCCGGCGGCCGGUCUCAGCCUGGCGUUGCGGCUCCUUCGUCUUCUCAAACACUCUCGUCGUCUCUCCCCUUCCUCCUCACGCGGAUGGCUGUCCUCAGUUCGCUCGCGCGGAAGGCCAGCUUCCAGCUUUUCUCUGCGCAGGAUGAGGAGCUCGUCGGCCUCGAAAAAACCUCGACUCUGUCGCUGCAACGCCUUGACCGCGCCUUGAAGCAGAUGCCCGCGGGCGCCGCCGCGCAGCCGCAGGCGGAGGCAGCGAAGACGCAUCCCGAGGAGGGCAGCCAGCAUGCGGAGGGAAACAAAUCCGUCUCUCGCCAGGCAGAGGACGCCACGAAGGCCGCCUCAAAUGGCGGCGAGGAAAAGGACAUCCAGACGGCGGUGGCAGACGAAACAGACGAGAAAAAUGAAGAGGAGAUUCCUGAUCACGUGGUGACGAUGCUGCGCGAGCUCAUGAUUACAGUUGGUGUUUCGGACGAGGAUCUCGCUGCGGCUAUCCAAGAAGGAGAAGAAGCCGUUCCAGCGCCCACGCGACGCAAGACGGCGUCGCUGCUGCGGCAGUUCUUCUUCUCCUCCGCGGCCGCGGGCGCCAGCCAGUUGCACCAGCACUUGGUGCUUCAGGAGCAGCAAAACAUGCAGCAGGUCGUGAACCAGGGGCAAGUCGACCCCGACGCGAACUCGCGCUUCCUCCAGCUGAGUGAGAAGUUGAAGACGUUCCUUCAGCAAGCGCAGAUUCUCGCCGAAGCGGUACGCGAAGAUCCCAUCGACUUUCAAGCGCUUCAAGUGAAGACCGCAGAGCUGCUGGAGCUUGACGCCGACGCAGCCUUAGCGACGCGCGCGGGGUUCGGUGGCGCGGCAGGGGCGGCGGAGGAGGCGAAGGCCGGCGAAGAGGAACUUGACGAAAAUGCCGCAUGGAAAGACGACAAAGAACGAGAGUUUUACACGGAUCUUUUGAACCUAAAGGACGCCAUUCCCGCCGUCCUGCUGGGAGUAAAGGACGCCAAAGACGCAGGCGACGUCAAGCGAAUCAACGAGACCAAGGAAGCAGCCCCGGAGGCUGGAGGAGACUUUCAAGUCACGGCGUCGGGCGCAGCCUCGAAAUCUGCGUCUUCGUCCUGUCUCUCUUCCGCGCCUCCCGCGUCGUCUUCUGCACCCUCGACGCAAGGCAUGGACUUAAUUCUGCUGCGCCUCAGCCAGGCGACGGAGACUCACGUCGUGGAUCAGAUUGCACUCGACAUCUUUUAUGAGCGGCUGAACACGAAAGCAAAUCGAAGCGUUCUGAUGAAGGGCAUCGCCGGCGUCCCACGCACGCAGCUGCAUCUGCUGCCCUUCUACGCUCGACUUCUGGCGAUUCUGAAACCCUACAUGAAGGACGUGUGUGCAUACGUGCUCGAGUCAGUCCAGAGCGAUAUGAAAAAGAUCCUCGAAGAAAAACACCCCACAGAUCUCGAGAACAAAAUCAAGUGCGUGCGCUUCAUCGCGGAGUUCACAAAGUUCGGGCUGCUGCCCGCGGGCUUCAUCAUGGUCACCUUCAACUCGCUCAUGGAGGACAUGACACCUCAUCACGUCGAGCUGCUCUACCACAUUGCCGACGCCUGCGGCUACUACCUGCUGCACAUGCCUCUGACCCGCCAGCGGUUUUCGGCGCUGCUCGAGAAGAUGCUGCGCAUUAAAAGCGCGAAGAAUCUCCCUGCGCGACUCGACAUUUUGAUUGAGGACGCCUACCACCAGCUGCGCCGUGCAGCCAACGCGGUCCGCGGUGACGGAAAGAAGAAAGCCGUUCCUCCUGAGAAGCAGUUCAUGCGAAAACUCCUCUUCGAAGAACUCGCUACGGGAGACGAGAUUCAGGUGGCGCGUUUGAUUCGCCGCUUUCCUUGGUCGACCGACCCGAAGGUUGAGGAGUGGUUUCGAGAAGAAAUUUUAGAUCUAGACAUGCAGACGAACUUUGAGCACAUCCACCGAAUCGCGUCUCUGCUCAGCGCCCUUGCGAAGUACCUCCCGAGCGCCGUCAUUGCAUGCGUCGAUGGAGUCUUAGAGGCGAUUCAGAUUGGAAUGGAGCGAGAAGACCCGCGAGACGCUCCCUUGCGCGUGCGGCAGAUCAAGUUCCUCGCAGAGUUGUAUAACUACAGACUGGUCGACUCCUCGAUCGUGUUUGACGUCAUGUACCACCUCUGCGGCUGCGGCUCCGCGAGCAGCUACCAGGCGGGCAACAUUCGCACGGCGCACCGAAUAUUAGCCGACCAGGCGCGGGGUGGCGUCUCCGCGGAGGAAGCCUCGCCGCUCGCCGCGCUGCCCUCGCAGAUGUUUCUGGGCGCGCUGUACGAACAGGAGACGCUGCCACUGGUCGAUCCCGCCGCGCCCGUCGACUGGGCGCACAGCUGCUUCAGAAUCACUCUCGUCUGCGUCUUGCUGCAGUCCUGCGGCCAGUACUUCUCGCGCGGCGCCCUCCGCCUGAAGCUCGAUCGCUUCCUCCUCUUCUUCCAGCGAUUCGUUCGCGCCAAGCCUUACGUGCCCUUUCUGGUUGAAGCAGAUUUUCUCGACACGCUGGAGACUUUGCGCCCGCAGCUGCAGGUCGCGGAGACGCUCGCAGAGGCAGAGGAUCGACUGAAGGAGCUUCUCAAGGAAGAAGCGAGCAUUCUCGCGGCGAUGGAAGACCGGGACGAAGGCCGAGAAGAGGCGGAUGAAGCUCUGUUUGGUUCGGCGGGUGAGAGCGAAGACGAGGAAGACGAGGGCAGCGCAGAGGAGGAAGAAGAAGGCGCCGCUGAGGAAGACGAAGAGGACCUGCGAGACUACAUUCGAGAGCAUGUGCAGAAGGAAGAGGAGCUCCAGUUCGACACGGAGUUUGCGCAGAUGAUGCUUUCCUCUCUGAACGAAGCCAAGGCGUUGCGGCGCGCGCCCGGCUCUGACCUUGCGAAGAUUCCUGCGAGCGUCUUGAAGGAGGCUGCGGAGCCCCCCGCAGAUCUGCAAAGGAGCUCGCUCUCGGCAAGCAGAUCGGCCGGAAGCCUCCGGGGCGCAUGCGGAGCUCAAGAGGAGGAGGGGCAGGGCGAGGCAGACCGCGCAGAUCUGCAUGCAGAAGACGGCCCUCCGGCGCGCCCGCAGACGGUCAUGCGGCUGAUCACGAGACGGCAGGACAAGCGAAAUCGCUUCUUGGUGCGGCCGUUGGCGGUGCCAACCGACGCGCGACUCGCGGAGACUUCGCGGCGAAAAGAUCAGCAGGCGCAGCAGGAGAAGGAGGAGAGAGAGGACCUCAAGCGAUUCGUGAUUGAACGUGUAAACCGCUCGGCGGAGGAGGAGGAAGAAGAGCGCCGAAAAACGUUCUACGCCGGCGCGCCCUCGGGGACUGGGUGUACGUAUGCCGGAAGCUCGCCCAGAGCCCCCCCCUUCGCGCCGGUGGGUGGCGGCGGAGAUCGGCAGACUGUCGGCGCGAUGUCUUCUUUCGGUCAAAAGGGGCGGUACAGACAGAGGUAG